AUGCGGACGACUAUAGAUGCAAGCUCCGUCUCGCCUACAAUUGAAACCCCCCAGUUUCGUGGCUUCGCCCACACACUCCAUUCCUUACGUACCUGUAUCUCACUCUUUUCACCCUUUUCUUUCUUCAUUCGCAACUCUUCCUCCACCACGGUACCUUUCCGUCUUCCCGCCAGUCCUGGGUAUCAAGGCAGGUCAGUUGCUUGUCCAGCACGAUGUGCUGCAUCGGGCCCUAACCCUGCCAACUGGUCCCUCUAUCACAACUUCAACCAGUUCGCCUCGUGCGAAGAGUCUAUCUUUUACUCUUUUUCUUUUGUCGAUCCUGUCGAUGAACCUAACAGCCUUCAUCGCAUUUACGCCUGCACGUCAUUUGGUCCCGAUUGGGCCAACGUGCCGGCUAACACGUCAAACCUGGUCGCGCAGUCGAAAGGGGUCUCGCCCCCGUUGAACGGCACAUACCAGAUCGGAUUUUGGCCCUCCGCACAAGGUUCACCGGUCUCGUCUUCUCUCGCUACUCUCACCAAGCAGUUCCGCCAAUAUCUCUCUAAUGGGCUCGGCGCCGAAAACCGUCCGACCAUUUUGUUCGCCAGCUAUGGUUCUACCUCAGUUGGGCUUUACAUUGGUCAAGCUUUACAGAAACAGGGCAUUGGCAACAAUGCUCUGGCACACCUGGAGAGCUUCAUGACAGAAUCCAAUGCUAGUCUGUCGCCGAGUGUGGCUAUGCAAUUUUGCCAGCCGGGUCAAACCUCCCACCACGUUUUUGGCAUGAUGGCGACUGGUAAUGGAACAUUCGCUGCUAUUCAAGACGCCCUUGCCUCAUGGUCCAAGGCAGAAUGCUUGGCCUUCCCGUCAAUCCAGAAUGUCACCGGCAUUGUCCCACUCGUGACGCCGUUGUUCCCUUCCUCGAUCAACUCCACCUCAACUUAUGGUAAUACAACCUUCGUUCGGGGCAGAGUCUUCACCCCUCGGACUACCUGUUCUACCGUUCAGGUCGUCUCUGGUGAUAGCUGCAGUACCUUGGCUCAGAGAUGUGGGAUUACCCCAGCUCAAUUUACCAGGUAUAAUCCCGGGUCGAACGAAUGUUCUACCUUGACUCCUGGAGAGCACGUGUGUUGUUCAGCGGGCACAUUGCCCGACUUCACUCCAAAGCCUCAAUCUGAUGGCACUUGUGCCACCUACACCGUCCAGCCGGAUGACAGCUGCUCCAAGAUUGCCGCUACAUACAGUAUUAUCGUGGAUGAUAUCAACAACUUCAACCAGGACACGUGGGCUUGGAAUGGCUGCAAGCACCUUUACCCUCAUAAUAUCAUUUGCCUUAGUACAGGCAAUCCACCGAUGCCCGCCUCGGUCUCUAAUGCAAUCUGUGGGCCACAGGUGCCCGGCACCCCGACCCCUCCUAGUGGGACGAAUAUUUCCCUGCUAAAUGAGUGCCCUCUCAAUGCGUGCUGCGAUGUAUGGGGCCAAUGUGGUACGACAGCCGGGUUUUGCACCAACACUGGCACGGGGGCGCCUGGAACCGCGGCGCCGGGUACCAACGGCUGUAUUUCGAACUGUGGCACCGAGAUCGUGCGGAGUAGCCCUCCUGCAACGUACCGGAGUAUUGGCUUCUAUGAAGGAUUCAACUUGCAGCGUCCCUGCCUCUACCAGGACAUCUCUCAGCUCGACAUCUCGGCCUACACCCACAUUUAUUUCUCCUUUGGCGUGUUAUCCCCUUCCUAUGUGGUCCAGAUCCCUAACGCCACAGCAACAUACGAGUUCAACCAGUUUAAACAGAUCCAAGGAGCAAAGCGCAUUCUUUCGAUUGGUGGCUGGGCAUUUUCAACUGAUCCGAGCACUUACAUGAUAUUUCGGGAAGGCGUCACUGCCGCCAACCGUCUGACCAUGGCCACCAACAUCGCCAACUUCAUCAAAGACAACGACCUUGAUGGCGUUAAUAUUGACUGGGAGUAUCCGGGGGCACCGGAUAUUCCCGGCAUCCCUGCUGCUAGUACUGAUGACGGUGACAAUUAUCUCGCUUUCCUUGUGGUCUUAAGAAACCUCCUUGGCGAGAAUAAAGAACUUACAAUUGCGGCACCGUCGUCAUAUUGGUACCUGAAGGGCUUUCCAAUCAAGAAAAUGGCUCCGGUCCUAGAUUACGUCAUCUACAUGACCUAUGAUUUGCACGGACAGUGGGAUUCCAACAAUCAAUGGUCACAGCUUGGGUGUCCGACUGGCAAUUGUUUGCGGUCGGAUGUGAAUCUUACCGAAACCAUUGGUUCCCUGGUCAUGAUCACCAAAGCGGGUGUCCCCUCAAACCAAGUUGUUGUUGGCGUGACCAGUUACGGACGCUCAUUCGCCAUGGCCGAAGCCGGCUGCUACGGGCCUCAAUGCCAAUUCUUGGGUUCAGCUGACGACUCGCAGGCUGCACCAGGGCCUUGUACUCAAACUGCAGGCUACAUUGCCAAUGCUGAGAUUGAAGCUAUCCUCGCCAAUUCUUCCCGGGUCACGAAGAGUUAUAUCGACGCUACUAGUGACACAAAUAUCCUUGUUUACGACGACACUCAAUGGGUUGGCUGGAUGAGUGAUGGUGUCAAGUCAACGCGAAAGUCGCUCUACAAACGCCUCGCCAUGGGGGGAACCACUGAUUGGGCUACCGACCUGCAAAAGUACAAUCCGCCGCCGUUCAUUGCCAAGAGCUGGGCUAGCCUAAUUGACGACGUCGUCCUGGAUAAACAUCCUUACGAAGAAGGUAACCGAACCGGCAACUGGACUUCCUUGACUUGCUCGGAUCCAGCCAUCCAAGAUGCACUGUGGAUGCCAUGCGCCCAGCGCUGGGCGCAGCUGGACGCUUCCAAUGCUUGGUCCGAUGCAAUAAACGUCUGGAAGAACAUCGAUAAGCCGAAAAUGCCGGAUGAUGUCGAGAAGGACUUUUCCCUGUCUAUUAUGAACACUUUCCAUGCCGGUGAAAACGCUUAUUGCGGAUACCUCAACCCAAGAGGCCAUUACGCGUACUCUCAAUUUUAUGACGCUAUCAACGCAGUUGCUGGAACGUACAUUGAUAACCAGCUCCAGAACUUUGAGUCCACAUUCGCACCCGUGCCUCCGGCACAAAGUGAUACGUGGCUAGAAAUCUUGAUCAAUCUUUUUGGUCUUGGUAUCACGGCAGUCGCCGCACCGUACUUCAAUGGAAUCUAUUCAAGUCUACCGGCUCUUAGUAGUGUUCUUGGAGAUGCCGGGGCAGACACCGUUGCCGACAUCACGAGUGCCACUGUGGCGUACGGAGCAUCAAUUGCGAGUGAUUCACUGUCUACGAAAGCGCCGGGUAAAUGGCAACCAUCGUCCCAACAGAGUUUCACCGCCACUCUGGGGUCAGUAGUCACCGGUUGGGCUUCCCUCGCGGAAAAUCAGCUCUGGACAUUGUUCAAUGGAUCCGAUACCUCCAUCAGUGUACUCGGGACCUUGAUUGCCAAUGGUAACCUCAUUGAGGGCAGUGGCGGCAGCCCAUCGGUAAGCGCCAAUUCAACACUCAGCACCAACACCCAAAUCGAGAGCUACAUCAGCAAGGCCUUCUUCGGCUUCGCCAUCCCAUCGGUAUGGGCCGUCUCCGGGGCCGCUGCCUUCGUCGUCGACUCGGGCUAUGACUGCAGUGCGCAAAACCCGUUGACUGAUUACAUGACGGCCUCCACCCAAGAGUCCACUUAUGCAUGCUACAAUAACAAAUUGUACUAUCUAGUUUAUCCACACGGCAAGUGGAGAGGUUGUCCCGACAAGGAUACUGUGAAGACGGAUUGCGUUGAUUGUGGCCCGACAUCAACGUGCUCCGACCAGACGUUCUUCACUGCGCCACCAGGACUUAGCUCCCUCGGCUCAGGAUCUUGGGGGAACAUUACCCUGUCUGAUCUGAUUAUCGGGUCCGUCCGAACUUAUGUCGCCAACGGCAAUGCCAACGGCGGACCCGUCGCCAACCCCUUGGAUGAAGACACCCUGAAAGACCUCUCGAACCAGGAUAUCACUACCCCGGGCUAUAUCCGCCUCCCAGUGUGUAGCCCCCAGGUCGCCUGGGCCUCGUGGUCCACCCCAUCGCAGUCCAACUCUAGCACCCCGAAUUACCCCUGUAACCCGUUACAGGGCGUCACCAAGUGCAGCGGUUACACAUACCAGGAUGAGACCUCGUCGGCCUCCCCGAAGGUGUCCGACUGUCAAACCAUCGUAAAGAACAUUCAGAACACCAACGGCGAAUGGACUACUGGUAUCGGACACCAACGCGACAUUGCUAAGUUCGGGUCUUGCAAUUUUGGCGUCCAGAAUGUUGGCGUUACCGGUGAUGUCACUUAUCAUACUGGCAGUCAGGAUAUUGUUACCAUUAUCAACGAGGCAAUAUCCAAGUAUGCCUCUAAUGGUCUUGUCGGUGCGAAGGGGUACAUGGAGUGCAGUGGUGAUGCAGGUAGUCAGAAGGUCGAGUGGGGUCUGUAUUAG